UCAACUCCUAAAGCUGUGCAUGCUGCUAUGGGACAUUACAAAUUCCAAUUCUUGAAGAUCUUGGUUUUCUUCACUCUUAGUGUUGGGCGCGCGAGACCUUCUUCUCUUCAGGAUUGCUCUGGAAACGGCCCUGUUAAAGAUUACCUCACGCGCUGUGACUUCAACGAUGACAGCAAACCCUACUGUGACUGGGUCCAACCGGCACCUGGCAACGAUGGAGACUGGGACCGCACCAAAGGCUCGGCUGUAGACAAGCCAUCAGAGGACCAUCCUGCACCUUGGGAGGCAGGCAAUGGGACAGGUUACUACAUCUACCUGGAUGCUGGCAACUUCCCUCACCAGCAGUUGGUCCGGCUGGAAAGCCCAGCUGUGAACGUGACGGGAGACCUGUGUGUCGAGUUCUCGUAUUACAUGUAUGGGAGGAGCAGCCUCAAAGUCCUGGUCAGCCAAGGCCUGUCGGAGUCGUUGCUGUGGAAUCGCAACGGGCCCCAGAGCCAUGCCUGGUUGACGGGGGCAGUCACCAUCCCGAGGAAGACCGAUGGCACCAUUUGGGUCAUUUUCGAGGCAACCCGAGACCAGGACAACACUACCCGAACCGCGCUGGAUAAUCUUGCCAUAACGACGGGGCCUUGCUUCGCCUGUACCAGAGGUUGCAAUUUUGAUGAUGGUCUAUGCGGAUGGACAACAGAGCUGAACGUGGCUGAUCAACUCGAUUUCGGCUGGGAACAGUGGUCAGGCAACUCUCCCACAGACCACUCUGGCCCUGAUGAUGACUUCUCCAAACCUGGCUUUGGGAAGUACAUGCUGAUUGAUUCAACAUCCAUCCAACCAGGACAGAAGUUCCCUUUGAAGAGUCCAGUGGUCAGCUUCUCUGGCUGCCUUUCCCUGACCUUUUACUACUACCUCUAUGGGACUUCGACAACGAUGGCAAUAAAUGUCUAUACACAGCAGCCUGGAGGGUCAAUAGGACACCCAUUACUCAGCAUCCAGGGAAACCAGGGACAGCAAUGGAUUGAGGCCCGGGUUGUUCACUGUGGAAAUUCACCAGUGCAAUUUGUCAUAGAAGGUGUUCGAGGAGACACUCCAGCCUCUGAUAUCGCUGUGGACAAAGUCUGUAUCUUCACUUGUAGCGAUCUGGAUACAUCAACGUCUGACGAUACCUCGACCAUUGGGACCUCUGUAGACCUCCCUUUGACCACAGAGCCCUUAUCAACAAUUACAAGUUCAACUGAAUCCACUCCGUCGAACUCAACCCCGGACUGGAGCUCAUCCUCACCAUCAGUGGUUUCCACCAGCCUCCCACAGAUCCUGCAGUGCCAUGUGGAAGAGGAGGCUAAAGAUUACAUCACACGCUGUGACUUUAACGAUAACCUGAGACCUUACUGCCAAUGGACUCAGGAAUGUGCCACUGACAACGGCGAAUGGAUUAGAGCUGAAGGCAAGACCCCCACCUACCACACGGGACCCUCGGCCGACCAGCCAGCCCCAUGGGGGAAUGGGGUGACUCACGGUCACUAUAUCUACCAGGAGGCCAGUAACUUUGUCCCCGAGCAGCUCAUCCGCCUGUCAAGCCCGACCCUGAACGUUAGCGGCGACGUGUGUGUUGAGUUCUCCUAUCACAUGUACGGGACAUUCGGCAACGGAGGGACCCUCAAUGUUCUGGUUGGGGAAGGCCUGGGCGAGUCUCUGCUGUGGAAUCGGACCUUGCCCCAGAGCCAUGCCUGGCUGUCGGGGACGGUCACUGUCCCAGGGCGGACCAAUAGGAGCAUUUGGAUCAUCUUCGAAGCAGUGAGAGGAUUGACUGAGGAUGGUGAUAUUGCCCUGGACAAUGUGGCCGUGCUGACUGGACCUUGUUUCUCUUGCCUCAGUGGCUGCGAUUUUGACAAGACACUUUGCGGGUGGACGACAGACACGCAUGUGGGUGAUACAAGCGACGAGGGUUGGAUCCAGGGAACAGACAAGGUGGUCGAUUUCUCGAAGCCUGGCUUUGGGCAGUACAUGCUGAUUCAUUCGAAGUACAACAAACCAGGACAUAAGUUCCAUUUGAAGAGUCCAGUGAUCCAGUCCUCCCAGUGCCUUUCGCUGACAUUUUACUACUAUGUGAACAAGACAAUGACAAUAAAUGUCUACAUAGGGGAACAAGGAUCUUUAGGGAGGCCGUUAUUCUAUACUCACUCUGGUAAUCCACAGCAGCAAUGGACGAAGGCCCAGGCAGUUUAUUGUGGAGCAACGCCUAUUCAGUUUAUCAUAGAAGGUGUUUCAGGAGACAGCAAGACUGCUGAACUUGGGGUGGACAAAGUCUGCAUCGUUGACUGUUUGGAAACACCGUCACCAAGCACGACCUGGACUCCAUCAUCCACACCCGAGAGCACACCAUCCACCCCCUGGACCCCAUCAUCCACAUCCGAGAGCACACCAUCCACCCCCUGGGCCCCAUUAUCUACACCCGAGAGCACACCAUCCACCCUCUGGACCCCAUCAUCCACAUCCGAGAGCACACCAUCCACCCCCUGGACCCCAUCAUCCACACCCGAGAGCACACCAUCCACCCCCUGGACCCCAUCAUCCACACCUGAGAUCACAACAUCCACCCCCGAGACCACACCAUCCACCCCCGAGAUCACACCAUCCACCCCCGGGAACCCACCAUCCACUCCUGGGAACCCACCAUCCACCCCUGGGGACACCCCCGAGACCCCAUCAUCCACCCCCGGGACCACUCCAUCCUCCCCCCAGACUACACCAUCCACCCUCUGGACCCCAUCAUCCACAUCGGAGACCCCAUCAUCCACCCCUGAGACCACUCCAUCCACCCCCGAGAUCACACCAUCCACCCCUGGGAACCCACCAUCCACCCCCGGGAACCCACCAUCCACCCCCGAGAUCACACCAUCCACCCCCUGGACCCCAUCAUCCACACCUGAGAGCACACCAUCCACCGCCCGGACGCCAUCAUCCACAUCCGAGACCCCAACAUCCACCCCUGGGAACCCACCAUCCACUCCUGGGAACCCACCAUCCACCCCUGGGGACACCCCCGAGACCCCAUCAUCCACCCCCGGGACCACUCCAUCCUCCCCCCAGACUACACCAUCCACCCCCUGGACCCCAUCAUCCACAUCGGAGACCCCAUCAUCCACCCCUGAGACCACUCCAUCCACCCCCGAGAUCACACCAUCCACCCCUGGGAACCCACCAUCCACCCCCGGGAACCCACCAUCCACCCCCGAGAUCACACCAUCCACCCCCUGGACCCCAUCAUCCACACCUGAGAGCACACCAUCCACCGCCCGGACGCCAUCAUCCACAUCCGAGACCCCAACAUCCACCCCUGGGAACCCACCAUCCACUCCUGGGAACCCACCAUCCACCCCUGGGGACACCCCCGAGACCCCAUCAUCCACCCCCGGGACCACUCCAUCCUCCCCCCAGACUACACCAUCCACCCCCUGGACCCCAUCAUCCACAUCGGAGACCCCAUCAUCCACCCCUGAGACCACUCCAUCCACCCCCGAGAUCACACCAUCCACCCCUGGGAACCCACCAUCCACCCCCGGGAACCCACCAUCCACCCCCGAGAUCACACCAUCCACCCCCUGGACCCCAUCAUCCACACCUGAGAGCACACCAUCCACCGCCCGGACGCCAUCAUCCACAUCCGAGACCCCAACAUCCACCCCUGGGAACCCACCAUCCACCCCUGAGACCCCAUCAUCCACCCCCGGGAACACACCACCCAACCCCGAGAUCACACCGUCCACCCCCGAGACCACACCGUCCACCCCCGAGAUCACACCAUCCACCCCCAGGAACCCACCAUCCACCCCCAAGAUCACACCAUCCACCCCCUGGGCCCCAUCAUCCACACCCGAGAGCACACCAUCCACCCCCUGGAUCCCAUCAUCCACACCCGAGAGCACACCAUCCACCCCCUGGGCCCCAUCAUCCACACCCGAGAGCACACCAUCCACCCCCGGGAACCCACCAUCCACCCCCGAGAUCACAACAUCCACCCCCGAGAUCACACCAUCCACCCCCAGGAACCCACCAUCCACCCCUGGGGACACCCCUGAGACCCCAUCAUCCACCCCCGGGACCACUCCAUCCACCCCCCAGACUAUACCAUCCACCCCCUGGACCCCAUCAUCCACAUCCGAGACCCCAUCAUCCACCCCCUGGACCACUCCAUCCACCUCCCAGACUACACCAUCCACCCACUGGACACCAUCAUCCACAUCCGAGACCCCAUCAUCCACCCCCGGGACCACUCCAUCCUCCCCCCAGACCACACCAUCCACCCCUGGGCCCCCAUCAUCCACCCCCAGGAUCCCAUCGACCACCUUCUCUACGACACCAACGGCACCUCCGCCACACCCAGAUGGCACUUGUAUUGUGUCUGGAGAUCCUCACUACAUAACCUUUGACAACAGGAAGUUCACAUUCCUGGGGACCUGUACAUAUACCCUUGCCAGAAGCUGCAGCAAUAAGACAGGACCCUGGUUCAGCAUUGAAGGGAAGAAUGAGGAGAGGGGAUUACCUGGAGCCACAUACCUGAGAAAACUUUAUAUCACCAUUGAUGGCAUCACCAUUACUCUGAUGAAAAACCGGCGAAUCAUGGUGGGACAAAAAAGAGUGAGGCUGCCUAAACAGGUGGGCAGAGUCCAGCUCUCUCAAUCCGGCCAAUAUGUCAUGCUCCAGACAGAAUUUGGCUUGAAGCUACAGUACGACGGAAAUCAUUUUGUGAAGAUAACUGUACCUGGCUCCUACAACACAGAGAUGUGCGGACUCUGUGGUGACUUUAAUGGUGACGACAGUGAUGAUUACCAGAUGCCAAAUGGCGCCUUGGCAGGAAAUGACACCAUAUUUGGAGACAGCUGGAAGACAAAAGACGAUGAGGAUGAGACGUGUAGGACUAUUGACCCAAUGCCAUGCAAGAAAGAGGUCUUCGACAAAGUGAUCAGCAGUGACCAGUGCGGUAUGAUCAUCGAUACAACGGGACCGUUCAGGGACUGCGUUAAGAUUGUGGACCCAAUGCCCUACUUCAACAACUGCGUGUACGAUAUGUGCCAGUUCCAAGGUUUCCAGCCUCCUCUGUGUGACCAGCUCCAGGCCUACACCGACGCCUGUCUAUCUGCUGGGGCCUCCGUGCAUAACUGGAGGACUCCAGACUUCUGCACUCCAACCUGCCCACCGAACUCCCACUACAGCUUAUGUGCCAAUUUGUGCCCUGAGACCUGUAGCCAACCCAGCAACCUCAGCUGUUCACACAAAUGUAUUGAGGGAUGUGACUGUGACCCUGGGUACGUUCUUAGUGACAAUAAGUGUGUUCCCCGCUCUGACUGUGGAUGUACCGAUAGGGAAGGCAAUUAUCACCCGAUCAACGAGUCUUGGUACUCACCUGGCUGUGGCAAUAAAUGUACCUGUGUCAGUCCGAAGAAAGUUAGCUGUGACUCUGCAGGCUGCUCGCAGUUGGAGGUGUGUGACCUGCUGGAUGGCGUUUACGGCUGUCACCCGAAGGGCCAUGAAACGUGCAUGGCCUCAGGAGACCCCCAUUACAAGACCUUUGACAAGCUCUCGUACAACUUCAUGGGUAACUGCACUUACACCUUCUCCAAGCUCUGCAACGCCACAUCUGGCCUGCCCAACUUCAACGUGGAGACUAGCAAUGAGCACCGGGGCAGGAACACGCGGGUCUCCUACGUCAAGGCUGUGCAUGUUGACGUCUACGGCCACCAUGUGACCCUAAUGAAGAACCGAAAAGUCAUCCUGGAUGGGCUCAGGGUCAGCACGCCCAUCUUCAUCGACAACAAACUGGUGAUUCGCAUCAGCGGCAGCUACGUCUCCCUGGAGACAGAUUUCGGCCUGAAGGUGCGCUACAAUGGGAACCAUCACGUUGACGUCACUGUCCCGUCUUCCUACACGGGACAUCUCUGUGGCCUCUGUGGAAACUACAAUGGAGACCGUUCCGAUGAUGAACGUACGCCCAAUGGUGACAACGCUGACAGCACUAAGGAAUUCGGGAACAGUUGGCUGGUACCAGGCACAGACACUCAGUGCACUCACGAAGAUAAUCCCUCAGACUGCGACGAGGAUGAAUUUAAGAAACCGGAGAGUUGUGGAUUUAUCAAUGACCCGAACGGUCCAUUCCGAGAGUGCAACAAGCGCAUUCCUCCAGAGAGCUACUUCAAUGACUGUGUGUAUGACAUGUCCUGUGGGACCGAUGAGAUGGCAUCACUCUGUUUUGCCCUGGGAACCUACGCAGCCCUUUGCACCAAAGCUGGAAUCCCGGUCACCUGGAGAAACCAGACCUUCUGCCCUCUGAGCUGCUCGGCUGGCAGUCACUAUGAGCCCUGUGCCAGUGCCUGCCCUGCAUCCUGUACCGACCUGUCAGCUCCCAAUGACUGCAGCGCGCCCUGUGUGGAGGACUGUGUCUGUGAUGAGGGCUACGUCCUGAGCGGGGACCAGUGUGUCCCCUUCAGUCAGUGUGGCUGUUUGGACCCUGAGCGGAACUACCGGCUGCUAGGAGAGUCCUGGGUGAACGAAAAUUGCACCAAACGUUGUACCUGCUCCAGCCCCAGCAACAUCACGUGUGAGAACUGGAGGUGUGGGCCUCUGGACAAGUGCAUGGUCCUGGAUGGAGUCCCAGGCUGUCACUCAUCAGGCACAGCGUCCUGCCACGUUGCCGGUGACCCUCACUACUACACCUUCGACAAUGCCAUGCACACCUUCCUGGGCACCUGUACCUACACCCUGGUCACCACCUGCAACCCCACCAUGGUGACGCCAUUCACCAUCAGUGGCAAGAACGAGCCGCGGGGAAUGCCAUAUGCCUCCUACCUCAGCGAGGUCCACAUCGACAUCGAAGGGCUCAGCAUCACCAUGCAAAAGAGCAGAAGGUUACUGCUCAAUGAUAAGAUGAUCAGGACGCCAUUUGAGAACAAUAUAAUUGGAGUCAACAUCUACUCCAGCGGCAUCUACAACGUCCUGGAGACCAAGUUUGGGCUGAUGGUCAGGUUCGAUGGCAACCAUCACCUUGAGAUUAAACUUCCAAACACGUACUUUGGAAAGGUGUGUGGCAUGUGCGGAAACUUUAACAAUAACCAAACUGAUGAGCUCCUAAUGCGCAAUGGUCUCCAGGGUAAAAACGUCACCCAGUUUGGCAACAGUUGGCAGAUCGAAAAUGGCAAGGACUCAGGCUGCAAGUCUGAUGACCGAGAGCAUCUGAAUCCGUUGUGUAAGGCCGAAGAUAAGAAGGCAUGGGCAGCACAGUGCCGCGAGCUGUUAUCGGCCAAGUACCAGAAAUGCCACAACGUAGUGAAGCCAGCGCCAUUCAUUGAGAACUGCGUGUUCGACAUGUGCAUGUACUCUGGCAUGAUCUCCACCCUCUGCGAUAAUAUCCAGUCCUACAUCGAAGCCUGCAAGAGCGAGGGCAUCGACAUUAAGUGGAGGAACAGCACCUUCUGUCCCCUGCCCUGCCAAAAGCACAGCCACUACACUGAGUGUGCCACAGCCUGCCCAGCUACCUGCACAGACAUCUACGCCCCCUCGAACUGUGAGAUCAACCGGCCAUGCGUGGAGGGCUGCGAGUGCGACAAGAACUUUGUGCUGAGCAACGAUCGCUGCGUAGCUUUGGCUGACUGUGGCUGCGUUGACUACAAUGGCAACUACCAUGAGGCGGGUGAUAAUUGGCUGAAUAAGCGCUGUGACACAAAGUGUACCUGCAGGAAAGGGCAAGUGCACUGCAAGAGGCACAAAUGUGUAGAGAACUCGGUGUGUGCCUUGAAGAAGAACGGAAAAUACAAGUGUACGCCCGUCGCUUUUGAGACUUGCCUGAUCUCAGGUGACCCUCACUACCUGACCUUCGAUGGCUUGGCCCACCACUUCCAAGGCAAGGGCACUUACACCUUGGUCACCACCCUCAACUCUACAGAGGGCUUGCAACCAUUCAACAUCACAGGCAAGAACCAAGUGAGGAACAAGAACAGAAAGAUCUCCUACCUGUCUGCAGUUUACAUCAACGUCUACGGCCACUCCCUUGAAUUCCACAAGAAGAAACGUUUCCUGCUGGAUGACGAAAGAGUGAGACCGCCUUACAAAUCGCGUGAAGGUUUCCAUGUCUACCAGAGAGCCCGGACCCUCUACAUGGAGACGGACUUUGGCCUCUCGGUCAACUUCGAUGGGAGAGAAAACGCAGACAUUAUUAUCCCGAGCCUGUACAAGAAUAAAGUCCGAGGGCUGUGCGGCACGUACGAUGGUAGGUACAGGAAUGACUUCACAUUGCCCAACGGCACACGGGUUUCCAGCUUGGAAGUGUUCGGGAACAGCUGGAAGGUGGAGGACAAGGAGGAUGAUGACCACGAUUGGGAGGGAGAUGAUGACGGUGAUGAUGAUGAGGGUGACGAAGAUAGCCGGAUGAUGCAGAAGCCUCAGGAACCCAACAGGCAGAGGUACAGGCGUGAAAUUGUCGGUGAGGACACUGGUCCCGAGCCAGAGACAGGUUUUAUGGAAGGGUGCAGCCCUGACCAGCUGGCCAAGAUGAACAGUACGGCUUACUGCGGGGCAAUUAUAGACCCUCAGGGACCAUUCCAAGACUGCCAUCACACCAUUGACCCGGAGACAUUUCACAUGAACUGUCUGUUUGACCUCUGCCAGUUCUACAACAAUUCUGAGAUGUUGUGUGCCAGCUACGAGACAUACGUCCAGGUCUGCCAGGCGAAUGGGACCACCCUGUCGAACUGGAGACAAGAAACCAGCUGUGCAAUGGACUGUCCUCCAAACAGCAUGUACAAGUCAUGCAUGGAUGUCUGUCCUCCCACCUGUGCCAACCUGGCUGCCCCAUCAGAAUGCGACGCUCCAUGCGUGGAAGGCUGUGAGUGCAACCCAGGCUUUGUCUACAGCGAUUUUCAAUGUGUGCCUUACAGGCAGUGCGGCUGCACCUAUCGCAGCAAGUAUUACAAGGUUGGAGAAAGAUUUAUCACAGACGAUUGCUCUGAAGACUGCACAUGUAACAUGACAAAAACUGCGGUGUGCUCAACAAUGAAAUGUCCAGAGAUGACAGUGUGUACUGUCAUAGACAGCAUCAGGGCCUGUGGCAGAGAGAAUACUAAUUGUACGGCAAAUACCUGUCAAAAUGGCGGCACGUGCCUGGUGACGCAAAAUGGAUUUGAAUGUGUCUGUCCUUCCUCCUUCAUAGGAUCACACUGCCAGCAUAAUAUCAAGAUCAUCAUUGCCGCGACAGUGGUGACUGUAGUGGUCCUUCUCAUCAUUGGGACAGUGCUGAUUUACUUCUGCUGUUGUAGAAAUCAAGGAUCAAACAAAAGUGACACAACGAGUGACACCAGCUCCCACAGCAGCGACAUUGAUUUGAAACAAAUAAUGCAGCAAAUCUAUGAAGAUCAAAGAACCGGUGGAAUAUCAAACCCACGCUUCAAUUACUAACCCACAGAUUGCCUGGGACGGCGCUACAAAUUUGUUCUAGAUUGUAUAUUUUAGGCAUGUCAAGGAGUUACAAAUCAUAUAGUUCCUUCAAGUGGAGCAACAGUGUAACUUCCUCUCAAUUUAAAUUAUAAAACUCAAAGCAGCAGUGUCUAAGUGUGAAUGUUUGUUUUUGGCUGAUGCCAAGGUAGCAAUGCCAGAGUCAUAAAGAUGUACAGCACAGAAACAGACCCUUUGGUCCAACUCAUUCAUGCUGACUGGAUAUUCGACAUUAAUCUAGUCCCAUUAGCCAGCCACAUGCCAGUCCACCAGGUGAGAGCUCAAGGAUCCCUGACUAAUGCUGGCAAUGUGCGAGAGUGCUUACACACAGCCAAACUGCCCCUCCUUACCCCCACCAUCAUAGUGGACACUGUCUAAAGAUCCGGGCCACCACUUCCUCAGGAGUGAAACUGCGACUGUGUUUCUGUGAAGUCAUUCAGGCAUCUGGGACAAAUUUAGAGUUAGGUUGCUGGUCAACCAUGAUCUCACUGAAUGGCAGAACAGACUCCAGGAGCUGAAUGGCCUCCAAUGUGACAUCCCUACCAGUUCGUCCCAUUGUUUCUGGACAUGUGAAUAAAUCCAGUUGAAAUCU